AGAGGAGUUGGAUCUUUAUUCUAUGCUGGAGUUUACACUGGAGCCACCGCGCUAGGUCUGUCGUCUACACCGAGAACUCUUUCGUGCCCCUGCCACGAGAUAACCUUGAUCCAACUGUUAUCUCGAGACUGAAGAAGUGUCUGUGCGACAACGCCUUCGUCUCGUCGAGGCGGCGGUUACCGAGCAACGCCCUUGUCUACCAGGAAGGACACGUCGAGAGAUAUAACCGGUCGCGCGGUGCAUGUUCGCUACGUUUGUGUCGCGGAAGUUUCGUCCCACCGUCUUGGUUAGAAGUAUGUCGAAAGUAACGCGCGAAGUCAUAACAUCGGAGCAUGCUCCCAAAGCCUUGGGGCCGUACAGCCAAGCCAUCCGAGCCGGUGAUACCAUGUAUGUGUCUGGGCAGCUCGGCGUGGACCCAAGUACUGGGAAGCUGGUCUCUGGUGGGAUUUCAGCUCAGACGAGGCAGGCUCUCAUAAACUUGACUAAAGUCCUGGAGGCAGGUCGCAUGUCUUUGAAAUGCGUUGCCAAGUGCACAGUCUACCUUGGGGACAUGAAUGACUUCCAGGAAAUGAACAAGGUCUACUCUGAAUUUUUCACUGAAAAACAGCCAGCUCGUGCAGCAUUUCAAGUGGCAAAGCUUCCUCUGGAAGCCUGCGUUGAGAUAGAGGCUGUUGCAGUGGACGCAGAGCCGUCGGGACCUGGAGGAUACCUUGCCAGACUGUACCAGGCGAUCCGUGUGGGCAACACUCUUUACGUAUCUGGCACGAGGGGCAUCGACCCACGAACGGGCAAAGUCAUCGCAGGUGGCAUCGUGGAGCAGACGCGACGGGCUGAGAAACGCCAGGAUGUAAAUUUUGAAAGGGAUCCGCACUGCGGUGUUUCCAAGAUUGACGCCCCUUCAUUCCACAGCAGACGACGUGACUUCUGCGGAGCACCUCUUGAGCAGACGUUCAAGCUUGAAGCAGACGACGCAGCCAUGCCAGAAUCGAAAAUGGUCAUCAACACUCCCACCGCCCCCGCGGCCAUAGGUCCGUACAGCCACGCUGUUCGUGUGGGCAACACCGUCUACGCGUCGGGCCAGGUUGGUUCGCACCCCGGCACGGGUAAAUUCGACGCCGGCAUCGUCGCCCAGACGAGACAGACCCUGGUCAACCUUGGAAACAUACUCAAGGCAAGCGGGAUGACCCUUGAUAACGUUGUGAAGUGCACGGUCUACUUGGCAUCUAUGGAAGACUUCAAGGACAUGAACAAAGUGUACGCUGAGUUUUUUCAGAAGAAUUACCCGGCAAGAGCUGCCUUCCAGGUGGCAAAAUUACCAGAGAAUUCUCUGGUUGAAAUCGACGCCAUCGCGGUAGACCUCGCUUCCUAAGACAAGUCGUCGAAGGUACGUCGUCUUGGGAAGUCCACAGAACUCUACCAUAAUAAAA